CAACGUCAACCCCGUGGCUUUAUGAAAGGCGAAAUCCCUCCAUGAGAAGAGCGUGCGGUAGCUGUUUAUAACCCCGUCUGUUGGAGAGAGAGAGAGAGAGAGAGGCACCUUGUGUCGGACGAACCAGGCUCUCUGAAGACGGCCUCAUCUCUGUGCCACAGUCCCGUGUUGUUUGACCCUACCUUCAGGCUUCUAGUGUUGGCUUGUGUCUUCGCUUUCCCUCCUCCGCUUGUACAACACCAACCACGGGGACGAGCCAGCGGACGUUACCGUUUGCCGAGAAGGGAAGUGAGCUCCGUCUUCUCUUUCAUCACGCAGUCUCUCCUUCUCUUUCCUCUCUUCCUCUCUACUUCUUCUACCUCCUCCUUUCCCUCUCUCUCUUGCCCCUUCCACACAGAUGCUCCCAGCCGCCCAGCUUGACAGGAGUGAUGGGAUGUGUCAACUAGCAGGUGAGGCAGUCCUGGACGAUGUAAUCGGACUGAAGGAUUCAUCUGCAGUGUUCACACAGGAGCGAGACAGAGGAGGGACAGAGAAAGAGGAGGAGGGGGAGCACAUCAAAGACACAAGGAUGGGUGUGGGGAAGAAUACCACCUCCAAGUCGUUGGACAGCAGCAGUGAGGGAGGAAAAUAUGAGGAGGAAAGCAAACAUGGCACAGAUUUCUACCCUAUUCCGGUGGUGGUAAAUGGAGUGGGUGGUGCCAGUGGAGACCAGGAUACUGAGAACACAGAGCUGAUGGCCAUUUACACUAAAGAAAAUCAAAGAGCAGAAAAGAGCUCAAUGUCUGAGACGUUGGACAGCACAGACAGUACAGACGCAAGGAGGAUGGAUAUGAUCUAUACCAUUGAAGACACCCCACCCUGGUACCUGUGUGUUUUCCUAGGCUUACAGCACUACCUGACGUGUUUCAGUGGAACUAUCGCAGUGCCAUUCCUCCUCGCUGAGGCGAUGUGCGUUGGCUUCGAUCAGUGGGCCACCAGUCAGCUCAUAGGGACCAUCUUCUUCUGUGUGGGGAUCACCACCCUGCUACAGACAACACUGGGCUGCAGGUUGCCUUUGUUCCAGGCCAGCGCGUUUGCCUUUCUCGCACCAGCCAGAGCCAUCCUGUCACUGGACAAAUGGAAGUGUAAUAAUACAGAGGUUCCAGUCUUUAACAGCACAGAGCUCUUCCACACAGAGCACAUCUGGCACCCCAGGAUACGAGAGAUCCAAGGGGCUAUCAUCGUGUCAUCCCUGGUUGAGGUGUGUAUUGGAGCGCUGGGUCUGCCUGGAAUCCUGCUGAAGUACAUCGGACCGCUGACCAUUACCCCCACUGUCGCCCUUAUCGGCCUGUCUGGUUUCCAGGCCGCAGGGGAGAGGGCUGGAAAACACUGGGGCAUUGCUAUGCUGACUAUCUUCUUGGUGCUGCUCUUCUCACAGUAUGCCAGAAACGUUCACUUCCCUCUGCCAGUCUACAAGGCCAAGAAAGGCUGGACUUCCUAUAGGCUGCAGGUGUUCAAAAUGUUCCCUAUCAUCAUGGCCAUCCUGGUGUCAUGGCUGCUGUGUUUCAUUUUUACUGUGACUGAUGUUUUCCCGCCGGAGGUAGACAAGUACGGUUUCUACGCCCGCACGGACGCACGUCAAGGAAUCCUCGCCGCCGCACCGUGGUUUAAGAUCCCAUAUCCCUUCCAGUGGGGCGUACCCACUGUAACAGCUGCAGGCGUGAUUGGCAUGAUGAGUGCGGUGGUGGCCAGUAUCAUCGAAUCGAUUGGAGAUUACUACGCCUGUGCACGUCUCUCUUGUGCCCCUCCACCUCCCAUCCACGCCAUCAAUAGGGGGAUAUUUGUCGAGGGUAUUUCCUGUGUGUUGGAUGGUCUUUUUGGGACAGGAAAUGGCUCCACCUCUUCCAGUCCAAAUAUAGGGGUCCUGGGAAUCACAAAGGUGGGCAGCAGACGUGUGAUUCAGUACGGAGCUGCCAUGAUGUUGCUGCUAGGGCUUGUGGGUAAAUUCAGCGCCCUGUUUGCCUCUCUGCCUGACCCUGUCCUGGGAGCUCUGUUCUGCACCCUGUUUGGUAUGAUCACAGCGGUGGGGCUGUCCAACCUGCAGUUUGUUGACCUCAACUCCUCCAGGAACCUCUUUGUUCUGGGCUUCUCCAUCUUCUUCGGUCUGAUGCUGCCGAGCUACCUCAAACAGAACCCGCUGGUCACAGGCAUAGUUGGAGUUGACCAAGUGUUGAACGUGCUCCUCACCACUGCCAUGUUUGUCGGAGGCUCUGUCGCCUUCAUUUUGGACAAUACUAUUCCAGGUUCCCCUGAGGAACGAGGCAUCAGGAAGCUGAAACGUGGCGCUGGUGUCAGUGCAGCUGAACUGGAAGGGAUGAGAUCUUACGAUCUGCCGUUUGGAAUGGACUUCAUCCGCAGACACCCCAUCUUCAAGUACAUCCCCAUCAGCCCCACCUUCCAAGGCUACCAGUGGGGGAGGCUACGGGAGGCCUGCAGGAGCCGCAUGGGACAUGGGGAUGCCAUGAAGGGAGGAGGAAUGGGAGGGGAGGGAGGCACAGCAGCGGGGGAGAGUCGGGUAUAGCCAACGGGCUGGUUCUGAAAAAUCUUAAAUGUGGCUGAAUUUGGGGAGCAAGGGAUGGUACACUAUGGGAGAGUGGAGGACAGAAGCGGUGCAGGAUUCAGGAUUGUGUGGACGAAAAUGUGAUGCACCAAAUCCCCCCCCCGCCCGUCCGUCUGUCCGUCAGUCAGUAUGUGUUUUCUUUAGCUUGUGUCAGUCUUUUCCCACUUCCCACUAUGCUAUUUUAAGCAUGCUAUAGCAAGUCACAGCAUGCUAUAAAAGAUGUCACCAUGCAGAGGGUAGUUGAGGUGUGUGUGUGUGUGUGUGUGUGUGUGAUAUUGAGUUUGUGCAUUACUUUUAUUUGCACUUUAAUCCAGAAGGAGACAGAUGGACGUCAAACGAUCAAAGCUGAUUGUUUGAGUCAUAAUCACUGUUAACUUUUACUGCCCGUGUCAUUUUAUAAAACAUAUUCUACUGAAAGCACAGUAGAUUUGAUCAUGUCAAUUGAUGGAUUAUGCAAAAUGUCUCCUAUGAAUCAUUUGCCUCUAGACUCAUUAUGCAACCAAAUUAGAGAUACACACAUGCACGCUCACACACCAACAGCCUUCGCCAAAACUAGCUUGUGCGCUACAAUGCACGUCAGGGUCAUGCAGAUUGAUGGAAGUGGUUUGUCAGGUGCCCUUAACCAUGCAAAGUGAUUGUGAAAUUUUAUUUUUGCACUAGCUGCCUCCUGAGUUCAAAACCAGAACGUCACAGUUCAGGGUCAGUAAAACUCCUCAGAGACCCAUUUAGCAGCAUAUCACAUCCGCUCAUCUCACGCUAAAACAUGUCACAUCCCCCUUGAGUGCUAAUAUUCACCAGAUCUCACUGCAACGUACCAGUUUACAUCUCUUUACUGUGUCAGUAUUAUGCAGUAGUGACUAAGAAGACCAAAACUCUACUUUUCCUGAACACACCCAUGUCUCAUUUGGCAGUCAAAUGGGACUUGCCUUGUUUUACUUUAUUCUGGACAGAAUUCAUUUUCAUAGAUUUGGAGACUUUUAAGAUAUUUAUUUUUAUUUGAUAACCUCUAAUCUCUUCUAACACAUGCAGGCACUUACACAACAAAAACAAGCUUUUCAGUCAUGUCCCUACUGCCGUGACAACCGCAGUGCAUUUGCAAAAGCUGCAUUAGUGGCACACAGUAACACAGACAUGUGGCCUUUCAGAGGGACUUUGUGUGUAUAAAUACAAGGCUUAAAAAAGAUGGAUGACAACAGGAGACUCUGAUACUCUCUGUGGAUCUUCUCUCACAGUUUUAAGGUGUCACUUGUGCUCUGCUUUUAGCACUUAUGUGUAUUAAUGUAGGGUUUACAAAGGCUGCACCAUAGAAUAAUACACCCCUGCCACUAUCCAAACCCAUAUUGCUGUCUCUUGCAUAAAUGUACUAAGAAGUAAGGGUUAUUUGCAUAUGGAGGAUUUAUGGAGGAUUUAAAUGAAAUAAGAGGGGUUUGGAGAGUGUAAAUGUUGUCCUCUCAGAUGGUGCAGUUUGUGUGUGUUUUUACAACAGCCAAUCAUGACUGAUCAAGAUUUCAUUAACCCUUUAAACUUAUUAAAUGGUGUUAAUGACUUUUCCUUACAUUCCUCCUCCUCCCACUCUCAGUCACCCGUAUGCCUGCCACUCUCGCCCACUUCAGUUAGUUAACUGUGGAUGUUUGUUACUGUACAUCAGGCUGUAGCAGCACAUUUGGCUGAGUGACUGAACGUUUCAGAGUGUCGGCAGCCUGUACCUUAUUGACCUAGGUGUGACCAUGAAGAGUGAGUCUCUAAUUUGACCACACUGUGUGCCUCUGGUAUUUUAAUUGAAAAACAGACAUUUAAUAAUACCAUAAAAGAGUCUGCAACAUUAUAAUCUUCGUAAAUGUAGGACUGAAAAGCAGCACAAUGAGAAUUUAAACUAAACUACUAAACAUUUAGCCUGAUCUGAGAUUUUUACUAAACCAAAAUGCUAAAAGCUUUUAUUUUAUUCUUACUGUCCUGUUACCAAAACUUUUCUUAAGCAUUGGCAGUUGUUGCUUUUAAGAAACUUGCAAAAUUAGUUUGAAAUCUCAUCCCAACAUUUCUCACAUUUUUAUCUCUUGUUAAAGCUAUUUAUUUGUUAUUUAUUGCUUUAAGCAGGUUUAUAGCUGGUUUACAUGUGUCUUGCACAAUGUUGAAAGUAUAUUUAUUAGUUUACAUAUUCAUGCCCUGUAAAGGCUGGUGUGAUGAUGAUUGACCGCUUCUCCUCCGCUCUCCGCCUCAGCUACAGUGUCUGUGCUUUUAGAAACUCACCUGGGGGACAGCAGCUUUUUCUAAAGUUUCUAAUGUAAGACGUAAGCUGCUUCUAUUUCAUUCCAUUUAUAUCAUAUUGUUUUUAGAGAAAACACUUUCAACUAAUUCAGAUGUCUGAGUGAGGGCCUUUGUACUACAAGUACUGUUUGCACAUGUAAUGGUGCCAAGGACAUCAGGGUCAGAGUGAGUAAAUCACUCAGCGGAAACCCUAAAACGUCACUAGAGUGCUUAUCCAGAUUUAUAGAGUAUGAACAUUUUUGUUUGAUGACCUGAAGACUCUGUACCACUUUCUGAAUUAAUAUUUUUGGGCCUUUAUGAUAGCACGUCUAGCCGUGUCAACGUGUGUUAUUCUUGUGAUUCGAUGGUGGGAAAGUCAGCAUAUUUUGUACUUGUUAUCCAGAGGUGGGUUGUAUAUUCAAAGAUCUUACAGAUGUCUGCCCAGAAUGAUAAAACGUUUUCUAAAGACGAAACCAAAUACAAUAUUUCCAAAGACUGUGGUGCUCCACUCUGCUCCUCUACUGGCUAACCUAUAGUUCUGUAGUGGCAGGGACCAAUGUUGCCCCAAAAGCUGUGACCCGAAUAGGAAUUUCUUGCUAUAUUGCCACUGAAAUCACAGCUAUCAAAAUGUGUGAUGUGCCUAAAUACUAUGGAGGCACCAUUCACCUGUAAUAAAAACAUUUGCAGUUGUAAAAUAGAUUAAAUUUCUUAUCAAGUCACAUAAUCUGAUGGUGUAACACUGGAAGAGUCUGUGGAAAUGUAGGAUUUAAACGUUGGUCUCAUGAAAUAUUUUAACAUUCUGACUGUAUACGUCUGUGACCGUGACGGAGAAACACAAGGAGUGGUUGGUGACCACUGAUCACCAUCCUUCAUCUAAAUGUUGUCUGAGCUGGGGACUGGCAGCAGGAGAGCUGUAGAUAAGAAGCAAUGUUGGUAAAAUUAACAGUGCAGUUAUUGACACACCGACUGAUGUUUUUGGCUUCGUCGCCCCGACGCUGUGUGACCUCGCUCCGGGAGCACAUGACGAUCGAGGUCAGAGAGCAGUCGCCACCUCUCGCAUCUGCUCUCUUAGACGGGGAGUAAAUGGAGGGUGGUUGGGCAGUUUUUGUUGGGCCUCUUGUAGUGAAUUCUGUAGUACAUGGCAUGCACACCUAAUUAUCACAUGUACAACGUGUGAAACUUGUUUUCUGUGUCAUAUCAUGUUCAUGCAACCAGCACUUAAUUCUCCCAUCGUAUCCUCUCUCCUCUCUCCACACACUCUCUGUUUAACCCCCUCCACCCCCUAGUCCUGCAGUGAAAAUAUAUUGGUGUCCUCUCAUAUUAAGUGUACCUGGUUUUUCUCCCUGGGAAUUCUUACUGUUGAUGUUUCUGGAUGCAGGAGAAGACACCGGCUGGCCACCUUAUUAAGAGCCCGGGUUGUUGGCAGCUCAGUGAAACCUGCCUUAUCACUUAAUGGCAAGAUGAGCAUGACUUUGUGUCUAAAGACAGGUUCUUCUUCUGGAUUUUAAACAUUUACCCUCCACUUUGUAUUGUACUGUUCUCUCUUAUUUGAGAGUUUUACACACUUGUUUCUCACAUAGCUGUUACAGAAUUAGCCCAUUUUAAAGUAAAAACACUUUGACAAGCCCAAACUCUCUUCCUUAGUGAGUUGAAUUAAAUACAGUUUAACCAACCAGGUGGCUCUUAAGAAGGUGGCCAUAAGGUGUGUAACACAUAGACAUCAAUCCCUUUCAGUUAUUUUGAAGGGGGUGCUACCUGAAUAAUAUACUUUUGUGUAUUAAGUGUUUUAUCUUUUUCAAUGUUUUUAUUUUUAUUUUAUAUAUAUAUUGUUUUAAUUUUUUUGCAAGCAAAUAUUUGUAAGAAACAAAUCAUAACUUUUAAUCUUAAAUCAUGCUGGAAAGCGCACCAUUUUGUUGUACUUUUUAUUUAAAAAGUAAAUACCUUUUAAUCCUGUUUUGAAUCUGUGGUUUGGUGGAAUCCUUUUGUUUGUUUGUUUGUUUGUUUGUUAGGACCUUUUCACAUUGUAUUUUUUUACUCUAACAUUGCUUUCUGUUCAUGUUAACACAUUACCAGUAUAAAUGAAAGAAUGAGCUGAGAAACUUUAAAUAGAUGUAAAAAAUAAAAAAUAAAUGUAUAUUUAAUGGAGUAAAGUUUGCUAAAUCUUCUGGAAGAGAAAUUGUGUAAACUAAUUGUAGCAACAAAAUGUUUUAUUCUUUGUUCCUAAAACUAUUUAAUAAGAUGUUACAGAAUUAA